AUGCAAUGCGUGCGUCAAGCUGUCCAGCUGCCACGCCUUAGCCGGACACUAGCGUUGGCGCCGUCAUGGACCUCAGCUGAUCGGAGUCCGGCGUUGUCGCUCCGCAAGUCGUCGACACAGGCUUCGUCCUCGACGACUCCUCGCAUUCUGGUCAAGCCUUUGCCGCACGCGAGUCUGGAAAAGGGUCUGAGCCAGUUCUUCAUUCCCAGCAGGAGCGAACCCUCGUUCCACUGCUCUGACUUUACGAUGAUUCUCAAGCCCUUUCCGCGGCAUCUGGUCGACGGGAAUGGGUGCUUAGACGAGACUCGGUUGCUGCCACAUUGGCUGCCGAUGCCUCCGCACCUUUCGACUCAUCAAGGGCGUCACUUUCGACUGACAUUCGGUUCUCCGCCUGUAGCAUCGUCUGAUGCGUCGAGUCCGGGAGAUCACGAUGGCGAGGCUCGAUGGGAGCCCCUCGAAGUUUCUCUGCCCAUGUUAUCGAAGGCAGAUGAUGCAAGGCCGGUCCUUCGCGUGUUUGUCAUGUCGACCAAGAAACGCAUCCACAAGCGCGCGGUGAUUCGACACCGUGUCAGAACCAAGCUGGUCGCUGCCCUUCGCACGGCCAUCUUUCGCCUGCAAGAAGCGAACCUGGACGUCGAAAGACUGCUCGAUCUGCGCAAGAACGUGAUCAUGCUCGUCGCUCAGCCGACAGUCUACCUCAAGGACGUGGACACACUGUCGCACACAUCGACGUCCGAACAAACCACCCGCAUAGCAACCAACAAUAUAUCCCCUCUUCACCAUCUACAAUUUGAUCCACACGGCGGCAAAAGACAAGUUGCGCCAGUGUAUACCCUCUCAAUGAUACCCCUUGACGACUUGGAGACCAUGAAUGAUGUCGAGUGA